CCACUUUAUUCUGCAGUUUUCUCCUUAGCUCCAUGCGCCGCUGAGGAGGAAGAGGAGAGAAGAUGAAGAUGUGGGUGGGAGCGGCGGCCGCGCUGGCGCUGCUGCUGUCCUGCUGCCGGGGCCAGGAACCAGUCGACCCGCCGACAGAUUUGAAGUUUAAGAUUUUAGAUGAAACCACGGUGCAGAUGAGGUGGAGCCGGCCGCGCUCGCGGAUACAAGGAUACCGGAUACAGAUGAGCUCCAAUACAGGCGAACCCUCCAAAGAUCUGUCUCUGCCGCCGUCCGCCACCCAGACCACCAUCUCCGACCUGACGCCGGACGUGGACUACGACGUCACCAUCGUGGCCUACGCCGGGGCCGAGGAGAGUCUGCCCGUCUCGCGCCAGAUCACCAUGGAGUCCAGCAGCUCCAGCAGCUCCAGCAGCUCCGGCUCCAGCAGAACUCCAGAUCCUUCAGCUCCAGCCAAAUGCCCGGCGAGCGCCGUGGCCGACGUGGUGUUCCUGGUGGACGGCUCCUCGGCCGUGGGCGCGGCUAACUUCAAGCACGUGCGUAGCUUGGUGGCGGCGGCGGCCGGAGCGUUCCAGCUGGGCGAGGACCGGACCCGGGUCGGCCUGGUCCAGUUCAGCGACCGGGUCCAGGUGGAGUUCAACCUGAACCGGCACCCCACCAGACCGGCGCUGCUCAAGGGCAUCGCGGCAAUGACCCUCAUGGGCGGGAGCUCCAGGACAGGCGAAGCCCUCAAGCACCUCCUUGAAAACGCCUUCACGGAGUCGGCGGGCGCCAGGGAACGGUUCCCUAAGGUGCUGGUGGUCGUGGCCGGCAGCCGGGCCCAGGACGAGGUUGGGAACUACGCCAGGCAGCUCCGCAGCCGCGGGGUGGAGAUCUUCGUGCUCGGCGUCCAGGGAGCAGACGAAGCGCAGAUGAAGCUCGUGGCCUCCAGCCCUCACAGAGACCACGUGUUCAGCGUCUCCAGCUUCGAGAAGGUGAAGGCGGUUCAGAAACAGCUCGUCGCUAACGUCUGCUCGGCCGUGGACGAGCAGCUCAACGCCCUGGCCAGCGGAGAGGAAGCGGUGGAGCCGGCGUCGAGCCUCCACGUGCUGGAGGUUUCCUCCAAGUCCAUGCGGGUGACGUGGGCGGCCUCGGCCGGAGACGUGUCCGGCUACCGGGUCCAGCUGACGCCGCUGAUGACGGGCAGGAAGCGGCAGGAGCUGUACGUGGGCCCUAGCCAGACCUCGGCGGUGGUCCGGGACCUGUCGCCCGACACGCAGUACCAGGUGGAGCUGUUCGCCCUGAGGGGCCUGUCGCCCAGCGAGCCGGUGACGGUGCUGCAGAAGACGGAGCCGGUGAAGGUCUCGCUGGAGUGCUCUCUGGGCCAGGACGUCCAGGCCGACGUCGUCCUGCUCGUCGACGGCUCCUACAGCAUCGGGCUAGCUAACUUCGCUAAGGUCCGAGCGUUCCUGGAGGUCCUGGUGAAAACGUUCAACAUCGGGCCGGACAAGAUCCGGAUCAGCCUGGUGCAGUACAGCCGCGACCCGCACCCCGAGUUCCACCUGAACUCCCACCGGGACCUGGACUCGGUGCUGAGGGCCGUCCGGACCUUCCCGUACCGCGGCGGCUCCACCAACACCGGCCGCGCCAUGAGCUACGUCCGCGAGAAGAUCUUCCAGUCGGCGCGCGGCGCCCGCGCCCGCGUCCCCCGCGUCGUCGUCCUCGUCACCGACGGAAAGUCGUCCGACGCCUUCAAGGAGCCGGCGGCGCGGCUACGCCAGGCCGACGUGGAGAUCUUCGCCGUCGGCGUCAAGGACGCCGUGCGGAGCGAGCUGGAGGCCAUCGCUAACGAGCCGGCGCAGACGCACGUGUACACGGUGGAAGACUUCGACGCCUUCCAGAGGAUUUCCAAGGAGCUGACGCAGGCGAUCUGCCUGAGGAUCGAGGCCGAGCUGCGCAUGAUCAACCAGAGACAACUGGUCCAGCCCGGGUCCCUGUCCUUCUCCGAGGUCGGGUCCAGCAGCCUCCGGGCCUCCUGGGAGAUGGAGGCCAGCGACGUGGAGGCCUACCUGGUCCGGUUCCGGCCCGAGGGGGACGAGGACGGCGGCUACGUGACCCUGUCGGUGCCGGGGGACACGCUGACGGCGGUGCUGCCCCACCUGACCCCCCAGACCCGCUACCAGGUCCAGGUCCACGCCCAGUACCCCAGCGCCGACAGCCUGCCGGUGACGGGCUACGAGACCACGCUGCAGGAGAUUGGUCCUCCCGCUAACCUGGUCACCAGCGACGUGACGGACAGCAGCUUUGCGGCGUCGUGGACGGCGGCGCCGGGCGACGUGCGUUCCUACCGGGUCCGGUGGAAGUCUCUGUUCUCCACGGAGUCGGGGGAGAAGACGGUCCCGGGGGACGAGACCCGGACGCUGCUGGACGGCCUGACGCCCGAGACCCGGUACCAGGUGUCGGUGGUCGCCGCCUACGGAGACACGGAGAGCUCACCGCUGACCGGGCUGGAGACCACCGACGCCUCGGCCGCGGCGCGGCGGCUGACGGUGUCGGAGGAGACGGAGCGGAGCAUGAAGGUGUCGUGGACGCCGGCGCCGGGGAAGGUGCUGAGCUACCGGAUCAAGUUCGUGCCCCGCGGCGGCGGCGGCGGCGGCGCUAAGGAGGGCGUCCUGAAGGCGGCCGGGUCCGCUAGCACCGCCGUCCUGAAGCGCCUGACGCCGCUGACGACCUACGACGUCUCCGUCCUGCCCGUCUACAAGCGCGGGGAAGGCAAAGCAAGGCAAGGAGUAGGAACGACACUGCCCCCCUUCAAGGCCCCCAGGAACCUGCAGACCUCGGAGCCCAGCAAGACCAGCUUCCGGGUGUCGUGGGACGCGGCGCCCGGAGACAUCCGGGGCUACAAGGUGACGUUCCACCCGGCGGGGGACGAGGUGGACCUGGGGGUUCUGCAGGUCGGCCCGCACGACAACACCGUGGUUCUGGAGGAGCUCAGGGCCGGAACCCGGUACUCGGUGGCCGUGUUCGGGGUGUUUGAUGGAGGGGUGAGCCUCCCGUUAGCCGGGGAGGAGAAGACGACGCUGCAGGACGAGCCCGAGCCUCCUCCCUUGGAGCCCUGGGACGCCCAGUGCAAGACGUCGGCCAAGGCCGACAUCGUGCUGCUGGUGGACGGGUCCUGGAGCAUCGGACGCAUCAACUUCAAGACCAUCCGCAACUUCAUCGGCCGCAUGGUCAGCGUGUUCGACAUCGGGCCGGACAAGGUGCAGAUCGGUCUGGCCCAGUACAGCGGGGACCCGAAGAUCGAGUGGCACCUGAACGCCCACUCCACCCCGGAGUCGCUGCAGAAGGCGAUCGCCAACCUGCCCUACAAGGGAGGGAACACCAUGACAGGUCUGGCGCUGAGCUUCAUCCUGCAGAACAACUUCAAGCCCGGGGUCGGGAUGCGCGACGGUUCUCGCCGCAUCGGCGUCCUGAUCACCGACGGGAAGUCUCAGGACGAGAUCGUGCUGAACUCGCAGAAGCUGAAGGACAGCGGCAUCGAGCUGUACGCCAUCGGGGUGAAGAACGCCGACGAGAACGAGCUGCGCUCCAUCGCCUCCGACCCCGACGAGAUCCACAUGUACAACGUGGAGGAUUUCAAGUUCCUGCUGGACAUCGUGGACGAGCUGACGGUGAAUCUGUGCAACAGCGUGAAGGGCCCGGACUCGGACCUGAACCCGCCCACCGGCCUGGUGACCUCGGAGGUGACGCACCGCUCCUUCCGGGCCUCCUGGACCGGACCGGACGGCCCCGUGGAAAAGUACCGGGUCACCUACGUGAUGGCGGCCGGGGGCCCCACCCUGGAGCUGCUGGUCGACGGCUCAGUCUCCACGGCGGUUCUGGACGGCCUGACGCCGCUGACGGAGUACGUGGUCAACGUUUACGCCGUGGUGGGAGAGAAGAGCAGCGAGCCGCUGAAGGGCAGCGAGACCACGCUGCCGCUCCCCGCCGCCAGGAACCUGCAGGUUUACGACGAGACCAUGAGCAGCCUGAGGGUUCGCUGGGAGGCGGCGGCCGGCGCUAGCGGCUACAUGCUACUCUACAAGUCGGUCAACGCCAGCGAGCCCCAGCUGGAGCAGGAGGUCCGAGUCCCCGGAGACGUGACGUCCACUCAGCUGCUGAAGCUCGUCCCCGACACCGAGUACGAGAUCCGGGUCUUCGCCCUGCACGGAGAGAAACGCAGCGCCGCCCUGGAGGGCCGAGGCGUCACCCGUCCCCUCCCGUCCGCCGGCGCCCUGACGAUCAGCGACGUCACCCACAGCGCGAUGAAGCUGAACUGGGACGCUGCUCCGGGAAACGUCCGCAAAUACAUCGUCACCUACAAACCGGACGGAGGAGACCUGAAGGAGGUUGAGGUCGACGGCGGCGUCACGACGCUGCAGCUAACGGGCCUGAUCUCCCAGACGGAGUACGACGUAGCCGUGACCCCGAUCUACGACGAGGGCCCGGCGGGCCCGAUGCUCGGAACCGCUAUCACAGAUGUGGUUCCCGCUCCCAAGAACCUGCGGUUCUCCGACGUGACCCAGACGUCGUUCCGAGCCACGUGGGAACACGGAGCGCCGGACGUGGCGCUUUACCGGAUCGGCUGGGCCAAGAAGGGAGACACCGACUUCCAGUUCGCCAUCCUGAACAACGACGAGACCUCCCACGUGAUGGAGAACCUGGACCCCGACACGCUGUACACCGUCACCGUCACGGCCAUCUACCCCGACGAGUCGGAGAGCGAGGACCUGAUGGGGGACGAGCGCACACUGUUAAAGGCUCCGGAGGUGCGUCCGGAGCCGCCGCGGAACCUGCGGGUUUUCAACGCCACCAUCUCCUCGCUGACGGUGAAGUGGGAUCACGCCGCCGGCCCCGUCAAGAGCUACAAGAUCACGUACCGGCCGCUAGCCGGCGGCGAGCCGCUCUCUUUGCAGGUCGGAGGGAAGAAGACGACGGUCGUGCUGCCGAAGCUGAAGCCCGACACGCCGUACGCCGUCUCCGUGGCGGCCGUGUAUCCGUCCGGCGUCAGCCAGGACAUCUCCGGAGAGGGGAAAACCAAGCCGCUGGGCGGCGUCAGGAACCUGCAGGUGCUGAACCCGACCAUGACGACCCUGAACGUGCGCUGGGAACCGGCCGAGGGUCGCGUGAAGGAAUACCGGUUGGUGUACGUGCCGGCGGCGGGCGGAGCCGAGAGCAUGGUAGGAACGGAGACGGUGUCGGCAGGAACCAGCACCACCCUCCUGCGGGGCCUGCAGCCCGACACCGUCUACACCGUGUCGCUGGUGCCGGUCUACGCCGACGGAGACGGGAAGACCAUGUCUGAAAACGGGAAAACCAGGCCUCUGGGCGGAGUGAAGAACCUGCGCGUGACCGAUCCCACCAUGACGUCCCUGAACGUGAAGUGGGAUCCGGCCGACGGAGCCGUCCGCCUCUACAAGGUGUUCUACGUCCCGACGGCCGGCGGCCGCGAGGAGAUGGAACAAGUUCCCACGGGAACCACCGCCAUCGUCCUCAGGAACCUGAUGCCGGAUACCAAGUACACGGUGUCGGUGCUGCCGGUGUACCCGGCCCGGGAGGGGAAGCGGCAGUCCGAGGACGGAAAGACACUGCCCUUGGGCGGCGUGGCUAACAUCAAGGUCACCAACCCCACCAUCACCACCCUGACCGUCAGCUGGGAUCCUGCCGACGGAAACGUGCAGGGAUACAAAGUUAUCUACGUCCCCGAGAACGGAGGGCUGGAGAUCGUGGAACAAGUGUCUGAGAGCACCACGUCCACCGUCCUGUCCAAGCUGCUGCCAGAAACCCGCUACUCCGUCACCGUGAUCCCCGUCUACGCCGAGGGGGACGGACCGAGUCUGAACGACGCCGGAAAGACCCGGCCGCUGGGCUUCGUGAGGAACCUGCAGGUGACCGAUCCGACCACCAGCACCCUGAACGUGCGCUGGGAACCGCCCGAGGGAACCGUGCGCGAGUACAUCGUCAUCUGGGUUCCCGUCGCCGGAGGAGAGCAGGAAGUGGACCAGGUCUCCGGAACCAGCACCAGCACCGUCCUGCAGAGCCUGGACUCGGACACGGAGUACACCGUCACCGUGGUGCCCGUCUACGCCGAGAUGGAGGGGAAGCCCAUGUCGGAGAACGGGAAGACCAAUCCGCUGGGCGGGGUGAAGAACCUGCAGGUGACCGAUCCGACCACCAGCUCCCUGAGCGUCCGCUGGGAACCGGCCGUGGGAAACGUGCGGAGCUACAAGCUCUUCUACACGGCCCAGCCGGGGGGAGAACCCAAGCUGGAGGAAGUGUCAGGCGGAACCACCAACACCGUCCUGAACAACCUGGAGCCCAACACCGUGUACAACGUGGCCGUCGUCCCCGUCUACCCCGACGUGGAGGGAAUCCGGCAGGAGGAGAAGGGCAAGACCCGGCCGCUGGGCGGGGUGAAGAACCUCCAGGUCACCGAUCCCACCGUCAACUCCCUGAGGGUUCGCUGGGAUCCGGCGGACGGCGACGUCCGUCAGUACCAGAUCAUCUACGUCCCGGCGGCCGGAGGAACCGACACCAUGACGCAGGUUUCCGGCAUGACGACCAACACGCUGCUGCGGGAGCUGCGUCCGGACACGGAGUACACGGUGACGGUGGUUCCCAUCUACCCCGACGUGGAGGGGAAACGCUCGUCUGAGAACGGGAAGACCAAGGCGUUGGGCGGGGUGAAGAACCUGCAGGUCACCGAUCCGACCACCAGCUCUCUCCGGGUCCGCUGGGAACCGGCCGAGGGAAACGUGCGGACGUAUCGAAUCUUCUACGUUCCUGCAGCCGGCGGAGCCGAGGACAUGGAGCAGGUCUCCGGAGGAACCACCGACACCGUCCUCAGGAACCUGCUGUCGGACACUCCCUACACCGUCACCGUGGUCCCCGUUUACCCCGAGGGAGAAGGACUUCGCCAGUCCGACAACGGACAGACACUUCCCCGGACGCCCCCCAAGAACGUCCAGGUCUUCAACCCGACGCCCAACAGCCUGAACGUGCGCUGGGAGCCGGCGACGGGUCAGGUGCAGCAGUACCGGGUCACCUACAGCCCGCAGGACGGAAGCAAGCCGGCCGAGUCGGUCCUGGUUCCAGGAAGCGUCACCACCACCUUCCUGGACAACCUGAUCCCCGACACGCCGUACUCCGUCACCGUCGCCGCGCUGUACGCCGACGCCGAGGGAACGCCGGGGACGGGCGACGGAAAAACACUUCCCCGCGCCGGCCCCAGGAACCUACGGGUGUUCGACGCCACCACCAGCACGCUGACCAUCGGCUGGGACCACGCGGAGGGGCCGGUCCGGCAGUACCGGGUCUCCUACACCCGCCCCGGGGACCCCGCCACCCAGUUCACGGUGGUCCCAGGGAACCGGAACAACGCGAUGCUGCAGAACCUGAUCCCCGACACGCCGUACAACAUCACGGUGGAGGCCGUUUACGCCGAGGGCCCGGGAGCGUCGCUGAACGGCAACGGGAGAACCGUUCCCAUGCUGAGUCCCACGAACCUCCGGAUCUCUGACGAGUGGUACACCCGGUUCCGGGUGGCCUGGGACCCGGUUUCUGCUCCGGUGGAGGGCUAUAGACUCAUCUACUCCCCCGAAGGUAAAGACCAGCCCGUCGACUUCUUCGUUGGGGACGUGACGUCGUUCACGCCGACCAACCUGCAGCCCGGAACCACCUACGACGUCAAGGUCGUGGCCCAGUACACGACGGGGCUGAGCGCGCCGCUAGUCGGGCAGGGAACCACGCUUUACCUGAAUGUGACCAACAUCGAGACCUUCAACGUCGGCCACGACCAGUUCUGCAUCAAGUGGAGUCCUCACCGCGCGGCGACGUCCUACCGGAUCAGGCUCAACCCGGCGGACCCCUCCAGCAAGGGCCAGCGUGAGAUCUCCAUCCCGGCCGGAGCUCCUCAGUUCUGCUUCGACGGCCUGUCGGCCGACGCUCUCUACACAGCCACCGUGUUCGUCCAGACGCCCAACCUGGAGGGCCCGGGGGUCGGCAUCGACGAACGCACCUUGGUGAAGCCGACGCCAGCUCCCACGAUGCCUCCCACCCCGACUCCGCCCCCCACCAUCCCCCCCGCAUGGGCAGUCUGCAAAGGCGCCAAGGCCGACGUGGUGUUCGUGAUCGACGGCUCGUGGAGCAUCGGCGAGGAGAGUUUCAUGAAGGUCGUCCACUUCGUCUCCACCGUCGUCGGAGCCUUCGACGUCGUCGGACCCUCAGGGAUGCAGAUCUCCUUCGUCCAGUACAGCGACGACGCCAAGACCGAGUUCAAGCUCAACGCCUACCAGGACAAGGGCGUGGCCAUGGCGGCGCUGCAGCACAUCCACUACCGCGGAGGCAACACCAAGACAGGCGCGGCUCUCAAACACACCUACGACAAGGCCUUCUCUCUGGACAACGGCAUGAGGAGGAACGUGCCCAAGGUGGUGGUGGCCAUCACCGACGGACGCUCGCAGGACGAGGUGAAGAAGAACGCAGCCAAGCUGCAGCACGCAGGCUACAGCGUGUUCUCCAUCGGCGUGGCCGACGUGGACUUUGUGGAGCUGCAGGAGAUCGGCAGCAAGCCCAGCGACCGCCACGUGUUCGUGGUCGACGACUUCGACGCCUUCGACACCAUCAAGGACAACCUGAUCACCUUCAUCUGCGAAACGUCCACUUCCUCUUGUCCUCUGAUUUACCUCAACGGCUUCACUUCCCCCGGGUUCCACAUGCUGGAGGCCUUCAACCUGACGGAGAAGACGUACAGCUUCACGCCCGGCGUGUCCAUGGAGCCCGGAUCCUUCAACAGCUUCACGGCCUACAGGCUGCACAAGAACGCCUUCCUGACGCAGCCCAGCGCAGAGAUCCACCCCGACGGUCUUCCUCCCGCCUACACCAUCAUCAUGAUGCUGCGGCUGCUGCCCGACACGCCGGCGCAGCCGUUUGACGUCUGGCAGGUCUCCAGCAGCGACCACAAGCCGGAGACGGGCGUCACCGUGGACCCCUCCAGCCAGACGGUGUCGUUCUACAACAAGGAUGAGCGUGGGGAGGUCCAGCGGGUCACGUUCGACAACCAGCACGUCAAGAGGAUCUUCCAUGGCAGCUUCCACAAGCUGCACGUGCUGGUGUCGUCCACCAGCGUGAAGCUGAACAUCGACUGCCAGGAAGUGGACGAGCAGCCGAUCAAGGCGGCCGGAAACACGUCCAGCGACGGCUACCAAGUCCUGGGGAAGACGGCCAAGUCGGUCGGCUCCAAGGGGGAAUCGGCAACCUUCCAGAUCCAGAUGUUGGACAUCGUCUGUAACUUGGCCUGGACCAGCAGGGACCGAUGCUGCGACCUGCCGUCCAUGAGGGAUGAGAUGAAAUGCCCGUCCCUCCCCAACGCCUGCACCUGCACCUCCGAGGCCUCGGGACAGCCGGGCCCCCAGGGACCAGUGGGAGCCCCCGGCAGCAAAGGCCCCCGAGGAGAGAGAGGAGAGUCCGGUCCUGCGGGGCCCAUCGGUCCCCGGGGAGACAACGGACCACCGGGACCCCUGGGUCUGCCCGGACCCCAGGGACCCAGCGGGCUGUCCCUCCCGGGGGAGGCUGGCCGUCCUGGACCCAAGGGAGACCCCGGAGACUCUGGUCUUCCCGGACAGAAGGGUUCCCGUGGUCCUCCUGGAAGCGUCGGCCCCGUCGGACCCGCCGGAGUCCGGGGACCCCCAGGAAAGGAGGGAGCCGGAGGCCCCCGAGGCCCCGCGGGGCUCAUGGGACCAGCAGGAUCCCCAGGAAUCCCAGGUCCUACAGGGAAACCAGGAAACUCCGGAGACUUCGGUCCUCCCGGCGGCAUCGGUCCCAAAGGAGACAAGGGGGAGCGGGGCGACUUCGCUCCCCAGAACAUGAUGCGAUCCAUCGCCAGACAAGUCUGCGCGCAGCUGGUCAACGACCAGAUGAGUCGCGUCAACACGCUGCUCAACCAGAUCCCCAACGGAAACUACCGCAGCAACAACCCCGGACCCCCGGGGCCCCCCGGAGCUCCGGGCAGGCAGGGCCCCGGCGGAGAGCCGGGAACCGCCGGGAGGAACGGGUUCCCCGGAGGGCCCGGUCUACCCGGCCAGCAGGGAGAACGAGGUCCCGCCGGAGAGAAGGGAGAGCGAGGCGUCGCCGGCGUCGGCCAGAAGGGCCCGCGAGGCCCCGUAGGUCCUCCGGGCGAGAGCAGGACGGGCCCCUCAGGACCCCCGGGCUCGGCCGGGCCCCGCGGCCCCCCCGGACGCCCGGGCUACGCCGGGGUCCGCGGCCCCCCUGGCCCCCCCGGCUACUGCGACUCGUCCCAGUGCGUGGGAAUUCCUUACAACGGCCAGGGAUACGUAGGAAACCCGGUGGUCGCCGUCGGCCAGGAAGACCAGCUGCUGCAAAACCAGCGCCGCCGCAAGAGGUCGCUAACGGCAACGGCAACGAAGCCGUAAGGGCAACGACGGCGCCGUAAGGGCAACGAUGGCGCCGUAGCGGCAACGAUGGCGCCGUAAACACAAGCUGUGCUCGCUUCUUUUUCUCUGCUUUUCCACUUUCCACCUGUGUCUGUUUGUUUGUGGGGAUUAUUGAUUAUUUUUACGCCGAGGCGGCCGAGGUUCGACACCUCGCUAGCAUCGGGAAAAGAAAAGCAAAGCUUGGGGUUUUUCUGGAAGAGUUUGAGAACUUUCCUCUCUGUGGCGGCGAAGGAAGAACGAAGGGUUUGGACUCUCGACAGAGGAGGAGAAACGUUGAGCCGCAUUUUGUAAUAAACGUCCAAAAAAUGUCAUAACUUUGUCAUUUCAUUUUGUAAUAAACUGCAAAAACUCUAAAUCUUACCAGGAAUAUUUGUCUUAUUUCUAGUUAUUACACUUAAAACAAGUCAUUACCAGAAAAAUAAUUUAUUUGACAAU